UCACUCUCACUCUCUCUUUGUUUCUCCUUCUAUAUAUUUACCUCAAUUUUCAACACCACAAAACUCAUUCAUCUACCUAGCUUAGUAGUUACUAUAUUUUAUUUAUAUAGUUAUAGUAGUUUUAGUGAAAGAAAAAUUAUGGAAGGUUUUGAAGAAGAAAUUACAGAGCCAGUGAGUCCUACAGGACAAUAUUUGAAUAGCUCUUGUUUGUGUGUAUAUAUUUUAGGUGUUUUAGAAUUUGAAAUUUCAAUUGAUGAUUGCCAAACUCUUUCUUUGCUUCAAGAUGUCUUUCUUCCCAUCAACACACGUUUCUCCUCCAUCAUGAUCAAGGACCAAUUCAAUGGAGAGAAAAUAUGGAAGAGAGUUGAAGUUAAUUUGGAAGACCAUAUUAAUGUUCCUGAAUUUUCAAGUGAAAAAUCAUGCAACUCAUUCUAUGAUGAAUCGCUUGAUGAAUAUAUGUCCAAAAUAUCAAUGGAACAUUUACCACAAGAUAGACCACUUUGGGAUAUUCACAUUAUUAAAUAUCCAACAAAAAAUGCAGCUGCAACUGUAGUAUUCAAACUUCAUCAUGCUCUUGGAGAUGGUUACUCUCUAAUGGGAGCUCUUCUUUCAUGUCUAGAGAGAGCUGACAACCCUUCUCUUCCAUUCACAUUACCGUCGAGCCAGAAACCCAAGUCGAUUUUUAGCACAAAAGCAAUUAUCAAGAGAUUUCCUUCUAUUUUUUCCUCGACGCUGCGGUCUAUGAUGGAUUUCGGAUGGAGUAUCGUGAAAAGUAGUAUGAUUGAAGAUGAUCUAACGCCGAUUAGGUCACGUGCUGAUGAUAUCAAACUUCGAAAAAUUACUAUCUCCAAUGUUUCUUUCACUAUGGAGCGGAUAAAAGAAGUGAAAUCACGACUUGACGUGAGCAUAAAUGAUGUGAUUGCGGGUUUAAUUUUCUUUGGAAUUCGAUUAUACAUGUUAGAAAUUAAUCAAGAAUCAAGAAAAGCAAGUUCAACAGCAUUGGUGUUAUUGAACACAAGAAAUAUCAAAGGUUAUAAAUCUGUGAAAGAAAUGGUUAGCAAGAACAAUAAUGGUGCUGCAUGGGGAAAUCAAUUUGCAUUUUUGCAUAUUCCAAUUCCAAAAUUAAAUGAUCCAAAAUUUGAAAAUCCACUUGAGUUUAUUUGGGAAGCUCAUAAAGAAAUUAGCAGGAAGAAAAAUUCUUUGGUUACUCCUCUUACUGGCAUGCUCUUAAAUAUGGUGAAAACAAUCAGAGGCCCUGAGGCUGCAGCUAGAUAUGUACACAGUACUUUGAGAAACUCAAGUACAACAAUUUCAAACAUUAUUGGACCAGUGGAACAAAUGGCUUUGGCUAAUCAUCCGGUUAAAGGUUUAUACUUCAUGGUUGUUGGUCCACCAGAGAGUUUGACAGUUACAAUUAUGAGCUAUAUGGGAAAGUUGAGAAUUGCAUUUGGUUCUGAGAAAGAUUUCAUUGACAAACAGAAAAUGAAGUGUUGCAUGGAGAAAUCUCUUGAGAUGAUAAUUAAAGCAUCAACAAAGACUAUGGCAUAAAAAAACUAUGUCAUAUUAUUAAUUUUUUUUGGUUCAAUUAUGGUAUGUAAUGAUUCUGUAUUAGUUAGUAAUUUUUUUGCUUUCAUGUGGUAUGCAUUUUUGUGUUGAACAUGAUGAGACAUUCCAGAUUCCAUCAGAGUAUUCAAGUUGUGUUUUUUGGGAUAGCCAAUUCGUUAAUAUUUUCAAACGAAUUAGGCAGAUAUGCAUAAUUUGGAGAAUUACCCCCCCUUUU